AUGUCAAACUGCGACUCACUAAAGUGGAUCGCUGCGGAAUAUCAUGAUUUGAAUGGCUCCCACUAUGAUGUCCUCGACAAACCGCCUACUGCCAUCGAUUUCUCCCGUUUAGUACACAUUGGCAGGCCCGUGCUCAUCAAGGAUAGCGAAGUGCAAGGCGGAACCUCCCGCUGGACGGACGAGUAUCUGAUUGGGCGUAUGAGAGAUCAGAGUAUCUCUAUCGCCGCAACGCCCACAGGGCGCGCGGAUGCGAUUGCCUCUGGCCGUGACGGCCGAUUGUACUUCGCAGAACCGCAUAUAGACAAAAUGACAAUGCGCACUUUCUUGGCCGCGCUGUCCGCAGACCCUUCGAAAAACACCUCGUCAGGGUGUGGCGAAGUCUAUUACUUGCAAUCACAGAACGGGAACUUGUUCACCGCAAGCUAUUUCGACCUUAGUGGUGACCAAGAUCCUUCCGAGUUCGAACCUCUGCGCGAAGACGUCCUGAGUGAGAUCCCGUGGUGCAGUGAUGCGCUGGACAAGCCGCCUGAGGCAGUGAACCUAUGGAUUGGUGACAGCAAGAGCGUUACCAGCAUACAUAGCGACCCAUACGAGAACAUAUACUCCGUCAUUCGCGGCGCGAAGCACUUCACUCUGUUGCCUCCGACGGAAGGAUGGUGCCUACAGGAGCGAAAUUAUCCACAUGCAUCGUACAUCCGAUCUCAACAGACAUCGCAGCUAGAGUUGGUUCCAUCUUCUGACAUGACACCUGCCGUGCGCUGGUCUUCAGUACUCGACCCAACAGCCUCCGGUGCCCUGCCUCCUGAGGCUCACCCCAUACACAUAACAGUUCAUGCCGGUGAAACACUGUACCUCCCUGCGGGAUGGUGGCAUUAUGUACGACAGUCCGAAGUCACGAUAGCUAUAAAUUACUGGUACGAUAUGGAGAGCCGGGGGAUGUCUUGGGUAUGGCUCAACUUCCUGAGAGGCUUGGGAGAACCUCCACAGGGGAACGAGGACGGCAAACAGUCGCCGUAA